CCAAAAAAAAUAAAAAAAAUGAAAUUAUUUUUUACAACGGCUCUUUAAACGGCUAUUUGCCAAACGGUAAUAAAUUUCAUUUCUAUAAAUUGAAACCUUUCCUUCACUUUUAUUUCACACAAAUAUUUACAUUUAAUUUUUCUUUUCUCCUCUCCUCUCCUCUCUUCUUUGAAUUUAAUUUCACAACAAACCUCUUAAAUUAUAUUCUUUUUAGUUUUUUCAUCCAAUCACUAUGGAAGGUUCAUCAAAAACAAAGAGAGGAAAAUCAUUCACCGUUGAAGAAGAUAUGGCAAUUUGUAAAUCUUGGUGUCACAUUUCGGAAGACCCAAUUGUUGGCAAUUCGCAAUCGUAUGCUCACUUUUGGGGAAGAAUUUACGAAAAUUUUUGCCUGCUUCAGAAUGAUCAGUCCAGAACACAAGUGUCUAUUCAAUCUCGAUGGGGUAUAAUCAUGAAAUGUUCUAACAAAUUUCGGGGAUGUUUAACACAAGUCGAAAAUCUUCACCCAAGUGGGAUUUCUCAAGUUGAUAUAAUGCUUCAAGCAAAACUUUUAUACCAUCAAGAUGAAAAGAAACAUUUUGCUUUUGAACAUUGUUGGUCAAUCUUGCAAGACAAUAUCAGGUGGCAAGAUGUAACUCCUACGAAUACGGUGAAGUCAAGGAUACAUACACCAUUUUCCCCUGAUUCAGCCCCCGAUUCCCCUAUGGAUAAUUGCAUUUCUCUUGAAGAUGACACCAGUCCAAGUGUUGGUAACAAUCCAACUGUUGGUGAGGGUAGUGUCUCUGCAAGGGGUAAAAGGCCGAUGGGUAAGAAAUCUGCAAAAGAAUUAUUUUGGAAAAAUCAAGUCGUUCAAGCUGAAGUUCAAAAUAUGAGCACACAAUUGGACACAUUUAACCAAUUCCUUGCUCAGAAGGAAAAGAAAAAAGAUGAAAGAGAACAAAAAAGGAUUGAAGCACGGCAAGAGAUGAAAGAACUUGAGAUGAAAAAACAUGAAUUUGAGAUCAGAAAACAAGAACAUGAGAUGAAAAAGGAAGAACAUAUGAUAAUGACUAAGGAUAUUUCUCAUUUGGACCAUCAGAUGAAAGCGUAUUACACAAUGCGAAAAAAUGAGAUUUUCGCCAAGUGGUCCUCAAAUGUGAACAGCCCAAAUUUUUAUUUCCCCCUACCUCCUGAUGAAUAA